GGCGGAUACAAGUUGUAAAUUGUAGUAUUUUUAAGGCUUUAGUGAAUUUUAUUUAGUGCCAUGAAGGUAGUGAUUAUAAUAUUAAUUGGAAUUUUGCAUAGCAGCUAUGCUGUUAUCUAUAGGUUAAAUCUAACGGAAUACAACCGUAUGCCACCACAAUUUCAAUUAGAUAAUUAUGAUAAAUGUUUAAAUGAACCUGAUGGUAUUUAUUGUGCUGUGGAAUUCGCUCUAGUGUCUGAUGUACCAAGUGACCUUCUGACAAUGAUUCAGGAGUACUCAGAAAACAGUGAUCGCCAUUUCAACCAUACAAAACCAUAUUACGGAAUAUGUUUAACGCAGUCAUGUCGAAGUUAUAUAAAAGAUAAAGCAGUGGGCACAAAGAAGAGCCUUGAGGGAUGCCUCAACGAGUCAUUAUGGAACGAAUACAAACUAAAGGCCAAAGUAUUUGAUAACUUUCAAUGCACGAAAUCUAACGAAGAAAUGGUAAUUGACGGUGGAGAUAUAGCAGUUGUUGUUGUGGUUUUAUCGAUAAUAAUGAUCAACGUAAUAGCAAGCUUUUACGAUUUUCUUUAUGUAAGGCGUAACGAAAAACAUGGUAAUAAAUAUCUUAUUAACUUUUCAUUAGCAAGAAAUUGUUCAAAACUAGUCAAUAUCCGCGACAGGCCAGACUCUCGGCAGAACAGACUUAGAUGUUUGGAUGUAUUGAAAACAUUAACAAUAUCUCUGGUUAUUGUUGGACAUUCAAUAUUACCAUUGGUGAUAUUUUGUCAGAAUGUACCCUUUUUGGAAUUGAGUCAUGACAAUGUGGCAUAUCAAUUGUUAUACAAUGGUACGAUUAUUGUUCAAAUAUUUUUCGUUAUUUCGGGACUAUUGCUGGCAUACAAUCUGCAAAUCGCGGCGGAGACCAAAACAUUGAACUGGCUUGAAAUACCGAAACGAAUUGCCUUGCGAUGGCUGAGAUUGACACCACCAUACGCAGUAGUUUUAGCAUUUACCUCUACAUGGCUUAGAUACGCUGGAUCGGGUCCUUUUUGGAAGAGAGUAGUGAACGACGCAGUGGACGAUUGCCGCCAAUCAUGGUGGUCCCAUCUCGUUUAUAUAAACAAUUACUAUAAUAACGGCCAGUGCAUGCCUCACGCCUGGUACUUAGCAGCAGAUUUUCAAUUACAUAUAUUCGGUUUGAUUGUCUGUGUGUUAUGUAAAGGAUUGAUAAGGAGAAUAGUUCUGGCUGGCUUGUUAGUGAUUGGAGUUAUAGCACCAGCUUUUCAUACGUACUUCCAAGAUCUAAAUGGUACACUAGUACUAACGUUUGAAGCAGUAAGAACAAUGUUUGUCACUGACCCAACAUUUGUGUAUGUGUACAAGCCCGCGCACACAAACAUAUCUAGCUUUGUCAUCGGCCUUGCCCUCGGAUUAAUUAUAUACCACUUACAAAAUAGCAACUUUGAUAUCAAAAAGUAUAAGAGGUAUCUCUUCCUGUACUACGCAACUAUACCAGUGGCCUUUGCCGUCACUCUGGCUGGUAUGGUCGCAUACAGAGACGGGCCACGUCUCUCUAUAUACAUACGAGUCUUGUAUUCUGUACUGCUGAAGCCGUUGUUUGGGUUGUGCUUCGCGGUCCUGAUACUUGGAUGCGUGUUCAGAUUUGAAGGUACUCUCCGCGGAUUCUUGGAGGCACGAGUUUGGACGGUAUUAUGCAGAGUUUCCUAUUGCGCUUAUCUCUGUCACGAAGCCUUUUUCAGAGCGAUAUCUGGUUCCAGUCUCAUGAUACGGACCAACAUUAUACAUUUAUUCGAUAUAACCCUUGGCAAUGUUUUCAUCUCUUUUUUAACGGCAAUUGUUUUAUACAUUUUCGUUGAGGCGCCAUUCUUGGGAAUCAUAGAUACGAUUAGAGCGAGAGACACAAGUCAUCGGAAAAUAAGCAAGAGCAGUUUAAAGGACAAAAACGUUUUGGAAGCGAACACUUUGAUAUAGUGUUAAGAAUAUUAAACUGUAUAUUAAGUAGUGAAGUGAAUGUAAUUUAAUAAAUAAAAAAAAUGUCUGAUGUGUCAUAUGUGGAACACAUUGGAACGAAGUUUCUAUCGUUUUGAAAUAAGUAUUAUAGAAGGUAUAAUUAAAUUAUUUAACAACAUUGGGAUAAGGAACUUCGUUCCAAAACAGUACUAGCGUUUAGCUACUAGGUAUUAUGUAUUCUGUGACAGUGCUAUAAAUAUGAGAUCUGUUUUGUUCCAUUCAUGAUAGUCAAAUGAAUGAUAUAAAAAGCAUGGAAGUAAUAAUAUCAAGAAGCUUAUAUCUAAUACACUGGAGAUUGCACUAUGAACGUUGACUUGUCACGGGAAGGUAUGACCUUGAAUGACGACUGGUUGUUCCU